UUGGCAGCGGAAGAGGCUCGACGAGAGCAGAAGACAGAUGCCGGACCAUUUGCUGUUCGUAAAUCCACACUUGCCUCAAACGCACCGGUCAAAGAGAAGGUUGGCGAUCUUAUCAUCUAUAACGAUUUGGUCGUAGAUGUGUUCUGA